AUUAUUCCUCAACCUAAAAAAUAAAAUGAACUAAAAAAUAAAAAAGAUGUACCCGCUAGUUAAUAUGCACCAAAAACCACAAAACAAUUGCAACUUAUAUCAUUGUCCAAAGUAUUUAAGCACCCCAUGAACAAUGAGAAACCUCUUAGGCCUUAUAUGAGAACCCAAACAAUUAAAGGAGAGUAAGAAGAUAACAUGGAUUGUUGCAUUUGUAGUCCCAUGGCAUCUUUGUAUAGGCCUCCAAGGAACACAAUUUGCCCCAGUUGCUAUGAGGGAGCUAAAUGCAUGAUUAGCUUCAUUAAUGAGCUCGAAAUCGAUCUCGACGCCGCUAAUCCUACAAAAUUCCAUGGAUUGAUUAAGCCCCAAGCAUCUAAAGGAAUAUCUGAUGCAUUCAAAUGCAUGAAGGAGAUGAGAGAGAGAGAGGAGGAGAUGAGAGAGAAAUUGGGGUUCUUAGAUGGGCUUGUGUUGGCAUUGAGAGAGGGAAUCCACACUGAUAUCUUAAUUAAACCUGGUAGGGGGCCUCCAAUACCUGCCCAUAGAGCUAUUCUGGCAACGCGGUCGGAGAUCUUCCGGCACAUGCUGUCCUCCGAUGACGCGUGCAAGGCUCCCGCCGCCGAUUCUAUCUCCCUUCCGGAGCUCUCCCACGACGACCUCCGCGCCCUCCUCGACUUUGUCUAUGCCGGGGCCCUCCCCCUCGCGGCCGGCACUACCACCACCGACAUCGCUGAAGACAAGCGCCUCUACUCAUUGCUCAUAGCCGCUGACAAGUAUGACAUCCCUUUCCUCAGGAAGCUGUGCGUGCGCCGCGUGCUCGUGACGCUGCGCCCCGCGAACGCUCUCGGCGUGCUCGAGGUGGCGGAGACGUGCUCGGAUAGGGUUCUCAAGGACGGGGCGAUGAGGAUGAUUGCGGAGAAUUUGGAGGAGGUGGUGUUCUCGGAGGAGUACGAGGCGUUCGCCACGACUAACGCGCAUCUCGCGGUGGAGAUCACCAGGGCCGUGUUAACGGAGAAGAUGAGAAAAAAAGCAGAAAUAGUCAUAUAGUUAUAUAGCAGUCCAGUGCACAAGGCGAUCUCACAGUACAUCUGUGAAAAAGUCAAUCAAACAUAGAAAAUUCAUAGCAAUAAGGGGCGAAAAAGUUUUGCGCACCGAGCUGUAGAAUGUGUGCUCCCUCUCCGCCGGAGGAUUAAGUGCAAAUUUGGUUCUAGAUUUUAUUUUUCUUCGUCACAGUUUAUAGUUCAAUUGUAGCAAUGAUUCGUAAAAUUUGAUAUAGUAAUAGUGAUAACUUAUAUUUUAUAGCAACUUUUUUUUUU